UCAACCUAUGCAACAUUAGGAAAAUAAGAAAAAGGGACAAACACCACCUAAAUUAUUGAAAAGUAUGACAAAACAAGUAAUGCAAGAGAUUUUGACAGAUAAUCGUCAAUUGAAGAGGAGAUAUCACAAAUUAGCAAAAGAGAAAAAGGUAUCACAAAAUUCAUACUCCAGGGAAAGAUGGAAAAUAAAACCGAUUUCACUGAUGAAAUUUUAAUUGCGAAGACCACUCUCCUGGCAUUAGUACCGGUUUGAUGGCUCCCGGUUUGUUUACUACCGAGGCCGACCGAGGAUCCCCCAACGACUCCGUGCCUCUCAGAAAAUUCAUCUCCCAUCGUCUAGUUGGGGCAGGCCAAUGCCUCCGGGAGAUUGAUACAUCGUCACCAGAAAACCCCCGUGGUGCACGUGACGGACCAAUAUUUCCUUAUUCAGAGCGAUAUAAACCCAAUUGAGAAUGUAGCGAUGGAUCCUAAUCAAAAGGUAAGUAAGUACGCGUAGCGGUCUUGUGAUUUAAUGAAUGUUCCACUAAACAAUCACCCAAUCAUCAAACAAUCAUCAAACAAUUAUCAUAACAAUCACCAAACCCUUUGCCAAGCGAUGAGAAAUCGAUUUUUAAAAGCAAAAAACAAUUUUGCAGAUUAGGACAAAGACUUUGUACGGGAAAGUUAGCAGCAAAGACAAUAAAAAUAACAAAGACCGUAG